UUUUUACUAAAUUUUUUCAAGUUGAAAAUUAAAACAAAAACCUUUUUCUGAAAAUGAAUUUCUGCUCAGUGCCCUAUGAAGCCGAUUUUGGAGGCGUGGAUGCUAAUAAGGGAAUGAUGCCCAUGGGAAUGCAGAAUGGACCAAUGGGUAAUGCUGGUGGAAUGGCCCCCAUGCCAAUGGGUCCCCAGAUGAACCUCAAUACUCAGAUGCAGAUGCCUCCAAUGACAACCGGAGCUCCGAUGUCUUUUCCCCUGCAUCAAGGUAUGAAUGGUGGAGGAAUGCCGAUGCAGUCUUUGCCCAUGGGAAUGUUGCCACAGGGCGCCGCAUCGAUGCCCAUGUCCACGCAGUUGCCAUUUGGAUCGGUUACCCCGUUGAACAGCAUGACCAUGAUGCCCAUGGCCGGUGCUAUUGAUGCUCCUGGCAUGAAUGCUGUGAUACCCGAUCUGCAGAGCAUGUCAGCUGGUGGGAUGGCACCACAAAUGGGACAAAUGAAUCAAUAUAAUCAAAUGCAUCAGGGUCGUUUGAUGGGUGGCUCUGUCGCCAACGCUCCGUCAAGCUGGAACAGCGGCAAUAAUCAGUCAUCUCACCAAAUGUGGGGUAAUAAUUAUCCCCAAAGUGGAAACUUUGGCAACAACAUGCCCUAUCAACAACCAAUGCAGCCGCCACAGUGCCCAUCGCCGUCGCCUCAGCAAAUGCAACAACAUCAACGCAUGAAAAACCAAUAUGAUUCAAUGAACUAUAAUAGAGAUAUGCGCAAUGGUCUCAAUCCUUUCUCCACAUUUAGUUCACCUUCAAUGCACGAUUCGAUGAAGUUCUCAAAGGCUGGCAACAAUCAGUACAACUCCAGCAAAAAUGGAAAGAUGGCGACCCAUUGGCGUUAAUCUAUGACUAACGCGUAAUCUAAUUACCAUCCAAUGAGUUGUCCAAAAUAUUUUGUUGAUCGUUUUGGGAUUGUACAUAUUUAUAUAGUAGAAAAUGCGUUUAGUCGAAUAAAUUGUUCUUGGCCUCAACAGAAAAGAAA